UACCAACAAACAUGGCGUACGUCUGAACGGGCACCUGCAUGGAAGUGGCUGUCAUUACACAGCUCUAUUAGUGAUAAGAUUAAUCAUUGAUUCAUCAGAUAGAACCUAUGGCUUAGAUUCAGAAUUCUGUGUGUUGCAAUGGAAAUAGAGGAUUUUACAUUAGAAGAUCUUUUGGAUUAUAAUUUGAAAUUGACUUAAUUUGAUUGGAUGAUAAGACAACCAAAGGCGGGGCUUGAAAGGAUGCCAGGCAUGAAGCCUAGCUCCUCUGUCAGCUCCCUGGCAUCAACUGAGAAGCAAGAUGUAACCUUAAGUUCCCUGAUGCACUACACACAACGACCAAGUGCCAAGACCACAGGACCACUUCAACAAACAGGUCGACGCCAUGACGAUCGUCUCGACGAAAGACAACAGGAAAUGGCAGAAGCAGAUGACAGACUCAAAGGACCUCUUAUACCUAAAAAGAAACGGAAAAAGAAAAGUCUGAUCACUGUCAACCUUAGUGGCACCCGUUAUGAUGUCAUUCGUCAGAUGUCUGAAAAGCUUGGAUAUGCUGUUGCCAAAGAUGACGACCCAAACAGCUAUCUAUUUUGGAAUGACUGUUUUGUUGCCACGGAUCGGAUCUCGGAGAUGAAAUCUUUCCAAAGGAUCAACCAUUUCCCAGGGAUGGGGGAAAUCACACGCAAGGAUUGUCUGGCCCGCAACAUGGCUAAAGUACAGAAACAACUUGCUGAUGACUUUUCCUUUGCUCCUAAAACCUGGAUCCUCCCUGCCGACCACAGCCUUUUACUUAACUACGCCAAGGACCUACGUGCAAAGAAAAAAACCAAAACAUUCAUCAUUAAACCUUCCAAUGGAGCUCAGGGACAUGGGAUUCAGCUCUUUAGAAAUGCAGAAAAAAUUCCCCAGACAGAACAUUUUAUAGUACAAGAAUAUAUAGACAAACCACUGCUGAUGGAUGGCUACAAGUUUGACCUCCGUCUCUACGUACUUGUGACCUCGUGUGACCCACUCAGGGUGUUUCUAUUUGACGAUGGCCUUGUCAGACUAAGUACUGAAAAAUAUCUUGCACCAACUGAAGCCAACAUUAACCAUUCAUUCAUGCAUUUAACAAACUAUUCUGUGAACAAGCAUAAUGAGUUCUAUGAGAAAGGAGAGUCUCUUAGCUCAGGAAGUAAACGUUCAGUUCAAUUCUUCCGUGAAUAUUUGAGACAAAAUGACAUCAACGAUGGACUUCUGUGGCAAAACAUUGGUGAUAUGAUCGUGAAGACACUGAUUGUGUCAGAGCCACACUUGUUGCAUGCUUACCGGAUGUGUCGACCCGGAGCUGCACCAGGAAGUGACAGCGUUUGUUUUGAGGUGCUAGGAUUUGAUGUGUUAAUUGACAGGAAGCUCCGCCCAUGGCUACUAGAGGUAAAUCGUUCGCCUAGCUUUGGGACAGAUGAGAGAGUAGACUACGACAUAAAGUCAGCCUUGAUAGAGGACACAAUCAGAUUGCUCAACAUUAAAAUAAGUGACAAGAGCAGAAACAUGGCUGCCCAAAAAGCAGAGGCCAGAAAGAGGCUUUUCCGACAAAAUAAACGGACCGAUGGACCUGAUAUAACAGAAUAUGAAAAGAAGCGACAGAGCAUAGAGAAACGGAAAGAGGAGCUUAAAGAGACACUGGCUAGAAUAAGGAAGGUAUCAGCUAGAGAGGACUAUGAGAACAGAAAUCGUGGCCGAUUCCGACGAAUCUUCCCUCCGGAUGACAAAAUCAGGCAUGAACGCUAUGUCCAGUUGCUAUCCUCAACAUUUGGAAUUUUCAUGUCGGGCAAAGCACCAGCUAUGCAAAAAGAAAUCCAGAGAGUUUAUAACAAUAAAUUGAAGGAGGUUGAUGUCAUGGAUAUGUUGGCAGAAUGUGAAGCAGAUGAAAAAGAAGGGAAAUAUUAUACAGGUGGCACAGGCAAACCUAGAGGCCCGAAGCCUCUUUAUAACACAACAGGAAGGUUUCAUUAUAAUCACGGCAAGCCAUUACUUAGCAUGCCUGUGAGUGUCCCAUCACCCCUCGAAAAUGAUGAGGAUGAGGAUGAGGAGAUGGAGGAUGAGGAGACAGAGAGUAUGUCGGCCUCUGGCUCACCCUCCAUGGCGCGUCAGGGCUAUCAUCCUGGUAGACGCCCUGGCUCUUCUGGCCGACCAGACAGCAGAUUGAGUAACGAUGGUACAUCAAGUACUUUCAAUUCUAGACCAAAUUCGGGUGUUAGGUCAAGGCCAACCAGCAAUAUGUCAGCAGCUAACCAAAGGUCAAGGUCACUGUCCCGUACAGGCAAUGGGAAGCAUACACCGCUACAGCGAUCCACAGUGCAGGACGACAACUUCCUACUGAGUGUGGUGAAGGAACGGGAGGACGAGUUAACUAGAAAGACACUAGUCGCUCUCAACGAGAUGAGAAUCAAGUUCCCUGGCAAGUCUGACCAGGAGGCAGAAUAUAUUCUGGAUAAGUUGCACGAGAAUUGGAAAUUCCACAAACCAAGGAUAGCAUCCUACUGGCUGGUGAAACUAGACUCCAUCAAACGCAGAAAGGUGAUUGAUAUUGUGCGUUCUAAUGUGCGGGCGGUGCUCCUGCGUACAUGGCGUGUCAGUGAUGUGGAUAGCCUCAAGGUGUAUCGCAUCUUCAACAGGGUGUUUAACCGCUUACUGUGGAGUCAUGGCCAGGGGCUGUGGAACUGCUUCUCUUCAUCCAGCAAUGCCACUAGCUGGGAGGCCAUUUUCAGUAAAAGUUCAGAGAACAUCUGUGAGGCUGAACUAAACUGCUGUCGCCGUAUUGUCCAGCUCUGUCGCGACUGCCUUCUUAUUGUGUAUCAGUUUGCUGCCGAGGCCAAAUCUUCCCAAAGCAACACUCCUCACCCUAGUAGUGUGGAUGAGCAUUCUUCUACUGGGCAAUCCAUUUCUGCCAGAGACAAAUCACUGUCACUCAUCCCUCCCAACACGCAAACCAUGAGUCAGAAGUACUCCAAACUUUACCCAGCCACUCGAACACCAAGCAUGGGAUCAUGACAGGUCAAAGGUCAAUGAUUGUCAUCAUUAGAUUCAAAAUAGAACACAGAAACUGUGAUGCUGCAGUAUGCUUUUAUAGAAAAUGCUGAUCUUAUGUCAUCUAAGUCUGUUUUUAGUCUCCAACAUUUUAUAGAGCCUUCAUUGUAGUAUCACAGGAGGCUUGCUAGACCAGAGGUGUUAGUCAGAUCAGUGUAGGACUACACAUUCUCAUCUGGAUGUUAGGAGAAAGGGACUAUACAGGUUUUCAAAUGUCAAAUGUUCGACUGACACACUGUCUGUAAUCCAAAAUGGUGGUAGGUGAAAGGCUCAAAAAGAUAGGAAAAGAAUUCAAGCUUAACACACGCAAUGCUGACAGUGUAUUUCUGCCUUCUUUCUUGACGUAAUGUGUGAUCAUAUUUUGAAACACAAUUUUUAAAGAAAGCCAAAUAAGUUGUUAUCAACCCUGUACUUGACUGGAUGUAAAUUUUCUGACAUCUUGUGUCAGAAGUCAGGGUCCAAUGUUCAAGUUAUGAAGGUGGAAAGGUCCAUGCCCAGCUUUUUUGUAGCCUAUAUAUGGGCUAGACUAAGCUAUAUUAUAGUGUUGUAGUAUCAGACAGCAAUAGGUCAUGAAGAUAUUUAUACAUAUAUAACAAACGAUUUAUAAACCUGAUAUAGUAAAGCUUUAGAUAUGUGUCAAUUUGUGACAUUGAAGUAUGAAUGAAUUAUUAAAGUGCUACCAUAGAUUUUAUAUUAGAAAGUUUUUUUUUUAAUUAUUAUAAUUUGUAAAUAUACAAAUAUGUAGAUAUAUGUAUGUUACCACCGAAUCCAGUAUGUAUAGCGUCACCUAUUUAUCCAAUCCAGGAGAAAGAUGAUUUUAUUAGAAUGUUGAUAUAUAUAUUUUUAGUACUAAUUAUAAUAUUAAAAUACAAUAUGUAGAUCAUACUACACUAUAGUUAUAAAGCUAACAAUUCUGUAAAUCUAGAUUAAAAUUGCUUCCAAUCCAAUUUUUGUGGUUAUUAGUGUGAAAUGUCAAUAAAAAGAUAUCUCGAGUCCCAUCAGUACAUUAAUACCAGUGGCUAAUUAAAAGGAAAUGUAAGUGAAUAUUAAAUAAAAUGAAACUUUUUAUGUAAUUUAAAUCUUCAUUAAUGAAAUCCUGUAUUUUGAUAAAUUGUCCGUUAUAGUCACCCGAACACCUACCUCUUUUCAUUCCUCACACUUGCCAUAUGAGUUAAAUAUGUACUAUGUUAUUCAGUAUACAUGGCAGCCUUAAAAGACAUCUAUCUCUCAGAUAAAUGAGAAGUCAGAUCGGUUUUUAAAGAUAAUCUCAACAACAAAAAAUCUCAAAUGGAAACAAAACUCGCAGUUCUCUCUUAACGAACCAUGGAAACAAAAGGUGUAGUUCUGUCUUAACGAACCAUGGAAACAAAAGGUGUAGUUCUGUCUUAACGAACCAUGGAAACAAAAGGUGCAAUUCUCUCUUAACGAACCAUGGACACAAAAGGUGUAGUUCUGUCUUCACGAACCAUGGAAACAAAAGGUGCAGUUCUCUCUUAACGAACCCUGGAAACAAAAGGUGCAGUUCUCUCUUAACGAACCAUGGAAACAAAAGGUGAAGUUCUGUCUUAACGAACCAUGGAAACAAAAGGUGUAGUUCUGUCUUAACGAACCAUGGAAACAAAAGGUGUAGUUCUCUCUUAAUGAACCCUGGAAACAAAAGGUGUAGUUCUGUCUUAACGAACCAUGGAAACAAAAGGUGUAGUUCUGUCUUAACCUUAAACAGUCAGAACCUCCCAACAUCAUCUAACCAGACCUGUUUGUAUAACACUGUGACCUACUCCAUAAACUGUCUGUAUCAAACAGUGACCUGAACUGUCUGUAUCAAACUGUGACCUCAACUGUCUGUACCAAACUGUGACCUCAACUGUCUGUACCAAACUGUGACCUCAACUGUCUGUACCAAACUGUGACCUCAACUGUCUGUACCAAACUGUGACCUCAACUGUCUGUACCAAACUGUGACCUCAACUGUCUGUAUCAAACUGUGACCUCAACUGUCUGUAUCAAACUGUGACCUCAACUGUCUGUAUAAAACUGUGACCUGAACUGUCUGUA